AAUCAUAAAAAGCAGAGCGGGCCAAGUUGUAACGUGAACAGUAGCUAUGAGGGCCUGUGUCUCUCUUCUUUGAUAGAUGAAGCCGACAUUGCUCUUUACUGUAACAGCUCACUAACUCCCCCUCCCCCACCCCACCCCAUCACCCCACCCCCCUCUAUUUUCUUUUCCUUCAUAUACAGCACACAAACCCAUCAACCCUCACAAGACCAGACUGCCUUUGUUUUUAACAAAACAAUAUUUUAGUAAGUACUUCUUACACACCAAACCGCCUUCCUCCCCUCCUUCCUUACUCUUCAAAUCUCAGCUACUCCUUUUCCCACUUUCUUUUAAGUCUCCCUAACAAACAUUCAAUCCUCAUAUUUUCCAACUACUACUCUCCCUCUGCCUGCUACUACAAUAAGUACACUGCGGGGUGUCAAAUCUUGGAGGGCGUUUUCUUGAUAUUCUGAAUCUGCUGACACAAUGAAUAAACAUGAAAUGUUAAAGACUCAGACUUGUGUUCUUAAAGUGAAUAUACACUGCGAUGGCUGCAAGCAGAAGGUGAAAAAGAAACUGCAAAAAAUUGAAGGAGUUUACACAGUGAAGAUAGAUGUAGACCAAAGCAAAGUAACAGUGACAGGAAAUGUCGAUCCAGCAACACUGAUAAAGAAACUAGUGAAGUCAGGGAAACAUGCACAGCUAUGGGGAGGAGGACAAAAGGGAGGUUCUAAUGUCAAUAUGAUGAACAAUGAGUUCAUGAACAUGAAAGGUGGAAAAGACAACAAAUCUCAAAAGGGUGGUGGUGGAGGUGGAGGUGGAGGUGGAAAUAAGGAACAGCCAAAGUUUCUUCAGAUGAUGCAGAAUCUCAAAGGGGGUUCAAAGGAUAAUUUCAAGAUGCCUAAUGUUCCUAAUUCCAAGGACCAAAAAUCUGUCAAGUUUAAUUUGCCUGAGGAUGAUUUUGAUGAUGAUUUUGAUGAUGAUGAUGAUUUUGAUGAUGAGGAUGAGUUUGAUGAUGAAUCUGAUGACGAGUUUGAUGACCAUCCACCAUCUAAAAUGAUGCCUGCUAUGGGGGGUGGGGGUGGUCAUGGGUCCCAUGGGCUUAAUGCUAUGAUGAUGAAUUUAAAGGGUGGGGCUAUGGGUAAUAAUGGUGGAAAUGGGAAGAAAGGGGGUGGUGGGGUUGAAAUCCCAGUACAAAUGAAGGGUAUGGAUGGUAAGAACAAUAAUGGAGGAAAACAAGGCAAAGGAGGGAAUCAGAAUCAAGGUGGGGGUAAAAAUGGUGGUAAAAAUGGAGGUGGUGGUGGUUUACCAGAUGGUAAAAAUGGUAAAGGUAACAAUAAUGGAAGUUUUGGAGGUAAAAAUAAUGAUAAUUGGGGAGCAGCUCAGAAAGGAGGGGGAGGGAAAAUGGAUGGAGGACUAAUGAUGAACAGUAUGCAACAAGGAGGGCCUCAUGGGAUGAUGAGUAUGGGCCAAAAAGGUGGAGGCCCAAUGAGCAUGGGCCAAAUGGGUGGUCAUCCGAUGGGCCAUAUGGGGAAUAUGCAGGCAGCUCAAGGACUACCCGCCGGUGGUGGCGGGUACCCAGGGAUGACAAUGGGGCAGGGCGGCAACCCUUACAGCCAACAACAACAACAAUACAUGGCACAAAUGAUGAUGAACCAGCAGCGGCCUGCCGGAUAUGACAUGUACGGUGCCCAUCCGAUGAUGUAUGCCCGGCCACACCCUGCCGUGAGCUACGGGCCACCUAUGGGCGCUCCGGUGCAUGAUAAUUUUACUCAUAUGUUCAGUGAUGAGAAUACAGGCAGCUGUAGUAUUAUGUAAAUUGCUUAAAAAAAGGUGUGCGUACUUUGUUUUGGUCUGGUCUUGUUUUGAAGUGAUGAGAGACAACUAUGCUUUUUGUCUUCAGACAUCAAAUUGUAAGAAUUUUGCUCUAGCUAUUACUACUUAUUACCAAGUAAUUCUGGUGCUUCA